GAUCCCUCUAGCUUGACUAUAUGCAAAAACAACAUAAUCUUGGAAGAAAUUCCACAACGAGAGAGGGGAGGGGAAGCGAAUUGAGUUCAGUUUCGCCAUUUACGAAUGGAAAACCCAAACUCAAAGCUACAUUCUCCCUCUGAUUACGUUUAAACCGUUCAACUCAAUUCUUCGUUUCUCUCCUUCUCUCCUUUUUUCAGUGUUAAAGCCUCUGCCCACGGCGGGAAAUACACAAACAAAAAAGAAAACCUCCCUCCAAAAUCCAAAGAAAGCAAACGUCCCCAUCGCCAUCUCUCUCUUUCUCUCACCAAUUCCCUCUAAAACCCUAAUUCCCGCAACCCCAUUUCCCCUUUUCCUUCAAUUCGACCUCUUUUGCUUCCUUCCCACCUUUUUGGGCGCUGUUUUCUUGCUGGUCGGAGGGGUUUUUUUUUUUUCUCUUUUUAUUUUUUUACUUGCUUUUUCAAUGGCGGCAUUCUCUCUUCAUCAGCGUCCCAAGCCACCAAUUGUUGAUGGGGAAGAUGGUGAUGAUAUCAAUAUCGAUGUUUAUAAUGCUGGAACUCCGAUUCGCUACCUUUCUCUUGAUCAUGUCUACUCCACUACUUCUCCUUUUGUUAGUACAAGUGGGUCCUCCAAUGUUAUGUCUAAGAAGGUGAAAGCUCGGAGGCUUAUGGUAAAUCACUUUGACGAUCUUAAUUUCAAGCCCCCUCGUUUGCUCCAUGUUUAUUCUCGCCGCCGGAAGAAAGCCCGCCACUCCUCUGCAAGUUCCUCUAUGUACGACUCUUUGGUUGAGCAGGUUGAAUUGGGAUCGACAACUGUUAUGGAAUCUGAAGCUUGUGAGACUGAUGAGAUGGAGAAUGGUGUGGACGACCAUGCAGAGGAAUUUGAAGUCGAUAGGUCGCCCAAAAAUAAGAAAAAGAGGACGGAUAAGUUUGGGUGUAAUGAGCUUGUUAAAUUGGAGGUUGAUUCCAGUGUUAUUCGUGCCAUGAAUGGUCCUAGGUUGAGAGACUGCCGCACUCCCAGCAAUAACAAUAAUAAUUCUGGACAGAGAAAGAAGCGCAAUUCUUCACAGAUUUCUGAAAAGAUCAUGUUCAAAUCUCCUACUGCUAAGAGAUGGGUCAGGUUAAGUUUUGAGGAUGUUGAUCCGAAAGCGUAUGUUGGAUUACAAUGCAAGGUUUAUUGGCCAUUGGACGCUCAGUGGUACUGUGGUCGUGUUGUGGGCUAUAAUUCAGAGACCAGUUCUCAUCAUAUUGAAUAUGAAGAUGGGGAUAGAGAAGAUUUGAUUCUUUCUAAUGAGAAAGUCAAAUUCCAUAUUUCCGGUGAAGAGAUGCAGACUUUGAACUUGAAUUUUGGUGUUGAUAGUGUAGAUAGCGAUGCUUAUGAUUACAAUGAGAUGCUAGUGUUAGCAGCAACCUUGGAUGACUGUCUGGAACCUGAACCUGGAGACAUUGUUUGGGCCAAACUUACUGGUCAUGCUAUGUGGCCAGCAAUUAUAGUGGAUGAAUCCCUCAUUGGUGAUCGUAAGGGGUUAAGAAAUAUUUCAGGAGGAAGGACAGUACCUGUUCAAUUUUUUGGUACACAUGACUUUGCGAGGAUUAAAGUAAAACAGGCCAUCUCAUUUCUCAAAGGUCUUCUUUCUUUUUUCCACCAGAAAUGCAAGAAACCACACUUCAUGCGGAGCCUUGAAGAGGCAAAAAUGUAUCUAAGUGAGCAGAAACUUCCACCUAGUAUGUUACAGUUGCAAAAUGGAAUUGAAGUGGAUGAUUUUGCAAGUGCAAGUGGAGAAGAAGAAGGAACAACAGAUUCAGGGGAAGAAUGCCUAAAUGAAGGAGGAGGGAUGCGUUGUGCACUCAAUGGAUAUAGAGCUUCUCCUUUUAAAGUUGGGGAUUUGGAAAUAAUAAGCCUUGGGAAGAUCGUCAAAGAUUCUAAAUAUUUCCAGAAUGAUGGGUCUGUAUGGCCCGAAGGGUACACAGCUGUGAGGAAAUUUUCUUCUAUAACUGAUCCCAAUGUCUGUACUUUAUAUAGAAUGGAAGUUUUGAGGGAUUUUGAAUCAAAAUUUCGACCUUUAUUUAGAGUAACUUUGGAUAAUGGAGAGCAGUUUAAAGGAUCCUCGCCAUCUGCUUGCUGGAAUAAAAUAUACAAAAGGAUGAAGAAAAUACAACAUACUUCUGAUGCUUGUACCGAAAGUAAAGGGGAAUUUGUAUUCAAGUCUGGUUCUGAUAUGUUUGGUUUCUCCAACCCAGAUGUUAAGAAACUGAUCCAGGGGAUAUCUAAAUCUGGACUGUCUUCUUCCAGAUUCUUGAGCAAAGUAGCCUCCAAAAAAUACAAAGAUUUUCCCAUUGGUUAUAGACCUGUUCGUGUUGAUUGGAAAGACCUUGACAAAUGCAGUGUAUGUCAUAUGGAUGAGGAGUAUGAAAAUAACCUCUUCUUGCAAUGUGACAAAUGCAGAAUGAUGGUCCACGCUAGAUGCUAUGGAGAACUAGAACCAGUCGACGGAGUAAUAUGGUUGUGCAACUUGUGUCGGCCUGGGUCUCCCGACUGUCCUCCACCAUGCUGCCUCUGUCCUGUCAUUGGGGGUGCAAUGAAGCCUACAACUGAUGGACGCUGGGCUCAUCUUGCUUGUGCUAUAUGGAUACCUGAAACGUGUUUAUCUGAUAUCAAGAAGAUGGAGCCUAUUGACGGUCUUAAUAGAAUCAAUAAGGAUCGUUGGAAGCUGUUAUGCAGCAUCUGUGGGGUCUCUUAUGGAGCUUGCAUUCAAUGUUCAAACAAUACUUGUUAUGUAGCAUAUCAUCCUCUUUGUGCACGAGCUGCUGGCCUUUGUGUAGAGCUUGAGGAAGAUGACAGGCUUCAUCUACUUGCUGCGGAUGAGGAUGAAGAAGAUCAGUGUAUUCGAUUACUUUCCUUUUGCAAGAAACACAGGCCACCAUCUAACGAGCGUUUAAUGGCUGAGGAUCGUAUAGGGCAAGCUGGACAGCAGUGCUCUAAUUAUACUCCACCAUGCAAUCCAUCUGGUUGUGCUCGUACAGAGCCUUAUAAUUACUUUGGGAGAAGAGGGCGAAAAGAACCUGAAGCCGUUGCUGCAGCAUCCUUGAAACGAUUGUUUGUUGAAAAUCAGCCUUAUAUAGCAAGCGGUUAUUCCCAACAUUUGUUAUCAGGAAAUUUAUUGCCUUCCAGUGGAGUCCUAGGCAUGAAAUUUUCUCUUCAACAUUUGAAAACAUGUCAGCUUGAUCCUCGAAACAUACUUUCUGUGGCUGAAAAAUACAAAUUUAUGAGGGAGACGUUCAGGAAGAGACUUGCAUUUGGGAAGUCGGGGAUUCAUGGAUUUGGAAUCUUUGCUAAGCAUCCACACAGAGCAGGGGACAUGGUAAUUGAAUACACGGGUGAAGUUGUUAGACCUCCCAUUGCUGACAGAAGGGAGCGGUUCAUAUAUAAUUUACUGGUGGGUGCUGGCACUUACAUGUUUAGAAUUGAUGAUGAACGAGUGAUUGAUGCUACAAGAGCUGGGAGCAUUGCUCAUCUGAUCAACCACUCUUGUGAACCAAAUUGCUACUCCCGAGUUUUAAGUGUCAAUGGAGAUGAGCACAUCAUAAUAUUUGCUAAAAGGGACAUCAAGCGAUGGGAAGAACUUACCUAUGAUUAUAGGUUUUUUUCCAUUGAUGAACAACUUGCUUGUUAUUGCGGGUAUCCCAGAUGUCGGGGUGUAGUUAAUGAUAUGGAUGAAGAAGAACGAGUUUCAAAGCUACAUGUAUCUCGAACAGAUUUAGUAGAUUGGAGAGGGGAAUGAGGAAGGUCAGCAAACCAGGAAUAGUUUUUUUUUGGGUCUAUUUUCUUCCAGGAAUAGUUUUUUUUGGGUCUAUUUUCUUCUUACUUUUUAAUGUUUAAAUUGCUUGAUCAAGUGCAUAUAGAGGUAAGUAGACAACUUGGAUUCGUUUCACUUUUUGUUGUCUUAAAAACUAGGGCCAUUGUCGUAUGAAACAGGUACUAAAUCAUUUAGCUUUAGGUAAUGAUUGUUUCAAAACGUUCUUAUGCCUUCAUCGUUUUAGGCUCUGAAUUUUUACAACUGGUUUGGGAGGUAAGGAUAGUAGAAAUCUCCAUAAACAGAGUCCUUGCAGUUCAAGGUGUGAAAGUUCUUAAAAUGGAGUCGGAUAUGGGGAUGGAAAGACGUUUUCAUUUAUUUUUUUCUGGGUUGGGAACAUUUUUUCUUUAAAAUAUUAUUCUGGUCCAUUCCUGCCCCAAACAUUCCCCUAUUUUGAGUGAAAAAAACAACUUUACUAUUCUAUUUUAAAACUGAAAAAAGAUGAUCAGAGAUUUUUAGAAGUUAUUCUAGCGAACUCUCGACAAGCAAUUAGACUAUAUUGUAAUAUUGUUAGUAACUUUGGCUAACGCGAAAAAGAAAAUUUAGCACUCUCACGUGAUCUUGUUUGAAUGUCACCGUGUUUGCUAAUGAUUCUCUAUGUUUCUGUUGGGCAGAACUAUCCUAGAUUGUUUGCGGCAAAUUUGCCAUUGUUACGACGCUCACUGGAAGAUUUGGCGUUCACUAGUCAGAGAUGUUGAAUCAGGCAUUCUUUAUCUUAAAAAAAAAUUACCAAGUUUUUUUUUUUUCAAUCCCAUAUUUUCUAAUUGUACGAGGCCAACUUGUGAGAGAUAUCGAGAUUAAGAGUUGCAAAUUUAGAAUAUUAGCAGCAUCAUAGAAAAAGCUUAUUCUUAGAAACAGAGAUGGGUCCAUUGCCCCCUUGGUUUUGUAGAUUUGUCAUUAGUUGGGAUUGUUAACCAUUAAUCUUCUGUACAGAUAAUAUCUGAAAAUAAUUGAAAAUAAAUUUUCUAAA